CAAGUAAGAACUCGGUACAUAAAUUGGGCAAUGAGACGUGAUGUGAAGAGAAGAGCACUGGCAACCGAAUAUGCACCACUGAGGAUGAGAUUGGUGGCUUUGAAAAGAGCAAAGAUGUUACCAGAAGAGAUAAGAUCACAUGCUUCACAAGAACUCACAAUAUUGCCUAGAGAUUCCUGUCCUAACAGAACAGUCAACAGAUGCGUGCUAACAUCUCGACCAAGAGGAGUUGUUCAAACACAUAGAUUAAGCAGAAUAAUGUGGAGGCUCCUGGCAGAUUACAACAAACUUUCUGGCGUCAUCAGGGCAAAAUGGUGA